GAAAUCGACGAAACUUUUCUCUUUACAAUCUAGGAGGUAGAUGUAUAAAAAUGACCAUAUCCUUAUUGCUCGAAUCCACUCUUCAAAGUUCAUAUAACUCAGGAACCCAGUGACAACUACAAGAAUGUAGCAACAAGCUCCAAGCAUUCACUAUCGAACUAGCCAUAUUACUCUCCAAGCAUGCUAUGAAAACGGACACCCUGGCUGGCACCAGGACACAAAGCGGGGAGCCGCCGCGCUCCACCGCCUAUUACUACGCAGACCUUGAAAGACUCAAGAAGAACAAAACUUCUCCAGAGCCGAUACCUCAAGAAGAAACCCAAAACCCGAACGACCUCAGCGAAUACGUAGAAUCCAAUGAGGUCAUCAACGAUGGUGCCAUCAGAGAAGUCCCUCCAUUCCGCGACAGACGGCAGUGGAGUCUUCCCGAAUACUCCACCCCCGAAAACACGAGGAAGUUGGAAGAAACAUAUUCCACAGCUGGGACUUUUCCCAUGCCAGAACCAAAGGAGAAGGAACCGUUAUUGGCGGAGUUGGAAGUUGUGGGAAGGCUGCCGUUGACUCAGCUGGAUUCUUCUCCAGGGGUCAGGAGAAGCAGGAGCUGGUAUCUCUGCUGCCCGAAUGUGGCUGACGAGGAGAUCUCGAGGGAGUCUUCGUGGAGGUACUCCAGCCUCAGGCCGGUGACUGCUCCGCCGCUGCCUGGGCAGAAUGGAAUGAGCGAGCUGGUGCUAACGCACAGCAGCGGCCGAGAGGACGUGGCUUCACUGCGGGCGGAGCGUGACGCGCUAGCUCGAGCAUUGUCAGCGGAGCGACAGCGCGCGGCCACGGCCGCUAGAGCCCACGACGCGAGGCUAGCGGAGCUGCAUGGCGUCAUAGCGGAGCUGGUGAGGCGGCGCGCCGCUGACAAACACGCCGCGGCCAUACCCGAGGAGGAAUUGUCAGAUGAGUGCGAGUCGACCACGCAGCCGGCUGGCGAGCUCGACAACGAUGCGGACAGAUCCCGGACUGAACAGAAUGAUUCCUCAUCCAUGCUGAGUCCUGAGGAGCUGCCGACUCCUCAGGAGCCGAAGCAGGACCAGCUGCCUGAUGAUACCAGCGAGUCUAGCACGCAGGAGAUACCAAUCGGGGCGGAACAACGAACGGAGGCGGCGCCUGAGAGCGGCAGCCUGCAUCUAUCCGGGCGGGACUCGGAACUGUGCCUCAGCACUGCCAGGUGUUGCCAGUUCGCGCGCGGCUGGUCGGCCGGCGACAGCUGCGAGCGCGGCAGCGAGCCGAGGGUGUUGCCAGCCGAGCCAGGGCGGUGUGAGUCGCGGCAAGCGAAGGUCGCUUCGCGGGUGCGAUUGCGAAAAACUGACGAGACGGAUUCCAACCAACACCUCAGUGCCGAGGAGGCGUGGUGUGCGGAGGCGGCAGAACGCUUGGCGUUAGACGUGUGCGCUCAAGCCGAUUUGCGUGAAGCUCUGGCAGCCGCCUCCAAUGACGACUGCGUGUGGCGCGUGCGUUGGUUACGCGCAGCAGCCGAAGAGCGUGUCUUACGCGCCGCACUCGCGCGCUCCGCUGACACCGCGCGACGUUUGCUACACGCGUGCGGGGAGCUUGAAGCCGCUGCAGUCGCUGUGUGUGCUGCGUUGGCAGCCGCUGAUCGCGCUUUAGAAGCAUAUGAUGUUCUGUUAGCACUUGCGGAGACGAGCUCUACGCAUCACCAGCGUGAAGCAGCGGAAUCAGUGGCGCUGCAACUGCUGCGGCAGUUAGAUGGGGCCCAGCGCUCCGCCUGCAUCGGCCGCCCGCUGCUCUCGCCGGGACCUUGGCUGUCGCGAGACCAGACCAACGGCACCGAGAUCCUAGAAGCCCAUGACUCGUCCCCCGAGAGCGAGCUCGACACGAUGUGGAAGCCGGCGCACGAGGCGCGCCUCAGGGAACACUGUGCGCGACUCAAAGCAGAGACAGUGUCGCUGCGGGCCACGCACCAGCCGAGGCUGUUCUCGUAUCAUGAUAUAGACGAAGAAGACAUACAGAAGUCAACCACAGGAGCCUUCAGCAUGGCUGAAAUGGAAGCUGCUGUUAUGAUGCAGGAAAUGUUAGCGGCGCGCGAAGCCCGGACCAGUUCCAAUCCUCACUCGCACCACUCACACCAUUCGCACCACGACCACCCGGACUAUAAGAGCGAGCCGCCUCGCAGCCGUCGCCGCGACCGCGCCCGCCGCCGCGCGCGCGCCUCUGAGACCGCGCUCUAGCGGGACAUGACACGCCACGACAUGACACGCCACGACACAACAUGACACGUCACGACACGACAUGACACGUCACGAC